AGACUACAACACGAGCUUCGGCUGGUCUGCAGCGGCGGCCGUGAACAACGGUCUCACGCGUAAAACCAGCGAGAGGGGGGCAGCUGAGAAGGACGCACAGUGGAGAGAGAGAGAGAGAGAAACAGAUCCCGUCUGUCAGUGUUAUUCCCCGGUGUGGAUGUGAGACAGUGGGAGAGUGAGGAGCACCGCCGGAGAACUCCCCUUCAGCUUGGAACUGAACGCCUUUCACUGAUUUCCUCGUGGUUGCUGGGCUAAAGCAACCUCAUCCUCAGUGAGGAGCACCAUGACCCAGGAGGGGCAGACUCUGCCCUCUCCCCCUCCACCAGAGAACCCAGAGGAGGCAGAAACAGCUGCCGUCAUCUCCUCUGACCCUCUUGCAGAAACACACAAGCUAGCGAAGCAUGAGACGCAAGAGGCCGAGAAACUGGAUGACACUGAGGAAGUAGAACAACCAGCAAAGACCAGAGAGGGAGAGAAGGAGGUGGAGAAGGAUACAAAUGGGGAAGGAGAGGGGAGGGAAGAAGUAAAAGUGAAGGCUGGAGAGGAUGAGUUGGAAGAGAAGAGGGUUGAUGAAGAUCCAUUGACAGCUGGAGAGGCGGAGGGGGAGAGGGAAGGGAUGAGUGAGGAAGGAUGUAUGAAUACGGAAGUUAGCUCGUCUGGGGAGGAAGUAGGACGUGAGGAGGAGAUGAAAGAAAACGAGGAGGGGAAGAAAAAUGAAGAAAUACAACCGUCUGCAGAGGAGGAGGCAACUCAAUCACAACAAGCUAGACGACUCGCAAAUGGCAUAUCUGAGAAUGAGAACGACGAUGAUGCAGGCGAGGAGGACGAGGAGAGAAACGGGAGGGAAAGUCUCACACACUUGGACACUUUCAGCUCGAAUUUUGAGACAACGGUAGAACAAGCUGAUACAGAAGUGGAGGAAGAGGAAGAGGACAUCCAAAAAGAGGGGGAUGGGAGAGGAAACCAGGACAGUUUCAGCUCUGUGUUUGAACAGAUCGUGGAGCAGGUUGAUGUUCAGGAGGAGGAGGAAGAAGAGGAGGAAGAGGAUCGGGAGUUAGAGGAGGAGAGGGGAAAAGGUAGGGUUGACAAUAAAGAUGGCUUCAGCUCCACUUUUGAGCGCAUUGUGGAGUCUGCUCUGCUGAGGGGCGGGACCUGCUACAGCAGCCUGGACUCCCUGGAUGUGCUGUCACUCACAGAUGAGACUGACAGCUGCGUCAGCUUUGAGGCACCACUAACGCCUCUUAUCCAACAGAGGGCACUGUUACAAGGUCCUGAACCCCUCGAGCUGGAGCUUGCAACGGUUCAGGAGCAUGAUGGGGCUGAGGUUGGACCAGAUGCCCCAGCUGGAGAGAGCAUCCUCCAUGGAGCUGGAGCUGGUGUAGGGUGCAGCCCGCUGAGAACCACCAUACCAGGGAGCAGGUCUGAGUUUGUGCUGAGCCAGCCCGGACGCUGGGCCAUUCCAAAUGGAUAUCAUACGGACUCUGAAGGAGCCUUAGAGGGCUGUGGAGCCAUGACCAACUCCGUCAGUGAUGCCAACCUCGCAGACGUGCUGUCUGACUCAGAGGAGUGUGAUUUGGGCAGUCUGGAGCGUUUGGAGCGUGGUAGCACAGACACUCUAGCCAACGGCUGCCGAGCGGACAGUGAAGCUGCCAAGAGGCUGGCCAAGCGCCUCUAUCACCUGGAGGGCUUCAAACGCUGUGAUGUGGCCAGACACCUGGGAAAGAAUAAUGACUUCAGCCAGUUGGUGGCGUCCGAGUACCUGAGCUUCUUUGAUUUCUCCGGCCUGUCGCUUGAUCGAGCCCUGAGAAACUUCUUGAGGGCCUUUCCACUGAUGGGAGAGACCCAGGAGAGAGAAAGAGUUCUUGUACAUUUCUCCCGGCGUUUCUGCCACUGCAACCCUCAGACACCCUCCUCUGAAGGUCAGAACCAUGAGAGCGAUGAUGACGACGAUGAUGAUGGAGCCCACACAUUAACCUGCGCCCUUAUGCUGCUCAACACUGAUCUACACGGACAUAAUAUCGGGAAGAAGAUGUCAUGCCAACAGUUUAUUAGUAAUUUGGAUGGCCUCAACAACGGCAAAGACUUCCCUAAAGACCUGUUAAAGAUCCUGUAUAACUCAAUCAAGAACGAGAAGCUGGAGUGGGCGGUUGAGGAGGAGGAGCUAAGGAAGAGUCUGUCAGAGCUGGUGGAGGAGCAGUGUGAGGGAGGAAGUAAGCGUGUUGCCAGGGUAACUGACGGCAAUAACCCUUUCAUUGCCAUUCCCAUUUUAUUAAACGCCGUCACCUACAAACAUGGAGUGCUGACGCGCAAGAGCCACGCUGACAUGGACGGCAAACGCACCCCCAGGGGUCGCCGUGGUUGGAAGAAGUUCUAUGCAGUUCUUAAGGGGAUGAUCUUAUAUCUCCAGAAGGAUGAGUACAAACCCGAUGCUGACAUUUCGGAGGUGGACCUGAAGAAUGCAGUGCGGAUCCACCAUGCGUUAGCAACUCGAGCCACAGACUAUAGCAAGAGAUCUUAUGUGCUGAAGCUCAAGACCUCAGACUGGAGAGUCUUCCUGCUGCAGGCCCCUGGGGAGGAAGAGAUGAUGUCUUGGAUCUUCAGAAUAAACCUGGUGGCAGCUUUGUUUUCUGCUCCCGCCUUCCCUGCAGCAAUUGGCUCCAUGAAGAAGUUCUGUCGACCCAUUCUGCCGUCCUCAUCCACCAGACUGAAGCAGGAGGAGCAGCUGCUGAGUCAUGAGAGCAAGCUGAAGCAGAUGAGCCUGGAGCUGGAGGAGCACCGGAAAAACUCGCCCUCAGCUGACCCCAAAAGCCGCGAGUGGGAGGAGUUCCGGCUCAAAGAGCACUACCUCACAUAUGAGAAGACUCGAUAUGAGACGUACAUCAGCCUCCUGCAGGCAAAGAUUCGUGCAGAGACGGACGACCUUGAGAAGAUCGAGGCCAGCGUGAUGGGUGGCCUGAUCAUGGAGGGUGGCUUGGCUGGCCGAGAGUGCCACCUCCGCAAGACACAGUCCUCUCCAUCCAUUAGUCAGGCUCAUGGCGGGCUGAAUGGGAGGGCAGCUGCCUCAGGGCAGAGGAGCUGAGGGGAGAAAGGGGGACCAGGGACCACAGUCCAGAAAACAGCAUCCCUCCAAACUCAACUAAUCCUUCGAACUCUUACUGGGUUUUCUGUUUGUGUUUUCUCUGUGUCUUAUGUUUCAGUGAGAGAACGGGCUGCAAAAAAACUGAAUGCCCGUCACCAACCUUCCCAAACUUUUUAACCCAGGUGGAAUGAGUUGCUGUCCUUAAGCAAUAGAUAAGACGAAGACUGCGCACUACCCAUCAAGUGACCCUGCCAAACCUCAUUUUUAUGAACUUUUAUUGUUGCACAUUUAAUAAUCAUAACUGUGAUCCCUAUUUAUGAAAUAUCAUCAGUAUUAUUUUGAGAUGAAACUCAGAGCAAUGCAGUUGUCUGUAUUUGAAAUGUGUUAUUAGUUAUGAGCAGAGCUUUGAGUAAUUUAUAGCAUAUUAUUUUAAGGCCAGAUAGAGUACAAAGAGAGACAGACUGCUCUCUGUCCUGUCCUCGUCCUCCAGUCCAGGAGUAAGGCAGUGUCUCACAUUAAGAUGGUACUACUGUAGCAUUUUGGCCUUUAUUUUUUUCUCUGUUGUUUACGCACCUAGCCAAACACAGGCGUGUUUAAGGACCUAAAGUACGGGUGGAGCGUGAUGCCUGAAGAUUCAACAUAUCUGUUACAGAGGUAAAUAAACUCUGGAAGGAACUUAUCAGAAGGUUCAAGUCCCUGUCAUGUACAGUAUAUUUAUUUAUUUAUUUAAUCCUUCAAACCUUCAUUUCCAGGGGUGCGCUGGUCAUUUUAAGCGUGUUCUUCUUGACAUUCAGACCAUUUCAAACAUACAGUACUUCAGUGUUAAAAGAACUGCCAAGUGGUACAACUCUGGUUUGGACUGUCUAAUAAGCUGUUCCACCAGAGGAACUGGAGGUUGAGUGCCUUAGUGAAGGGCACCUCGAGACAAAUAUUGGAGAGAUUUGGAGUGUGUCAGUCAUUUGCUUCCCAGAGAUAUCACAAGUCUGUUCAUGUGUUUUAAGCGGCCACUUCUCCAAAUGCUCACUGCACUCAGUUAUUUCUUGUUUUACUUCUCAAACCUUAACUGAAGAGAGUAACAGUACGUGGUGAACAAAUCCAUCGUACCAUCUUUGUUUCACAAACUUAAACAUCAAGACAGGACACACUGAGCUGAGCAAGCUGGAACAAAACGACACAUGGUCGGAUGUGAGAAGUCUGAAGAAUGAAGUAAGGAUCUGAAGAGGAACGAGUGGGUGCAGACAUUAUGAGUGGGCUGGAGGGUAUAUAUAUAUAAGUGUGUGUGUGUGUGUGUGUGCGUGUGUGCAUGUGUGCGCACAUGCACAGGUGUGCUGAAACUGGAAGCAACAUGAAGUAAAUACAGCAGCGUCAGGAUUGUGUCACAAGAGUUUAAUGAGCAUGUUUGCAGAGGAACAAUAUGAUGGCCUUUUGCUGAACAACACUGCUUUUUCAAUCAGGCCCGGCUCCAUCAAAAGCAUCUUCAGCCACAAGCACCCAUUACCCCUCUGGUAAAACUCAUACCUUUGAUCCAACUGUAUCUUGCUCUGGUCUAAAACGUAUUGGUGAGGCUAGCAUAGCUCCUUUAUUCCUUCCGUCCUCGCUAACAAAUGAAGAUGCCUUUGACAAAGCUGGCCUUGAUUUUUGGAAAACCUCAGAACUGAUGGCAGAGUGUAGCAGCAGAGGAAGCCCAGGUUCAUGUGAUUAAGUCCAGACACCUGUCACCACGCUGAGAGGGAAACUGCAGCAAAACAACUGCACCAGCAGAGUAGCCAUCAAUACAUUCUCCAUGUGGCGAGAAGGAGGUUUUUUCUAAGAAGAGGACAUCAGUUUGAUUCUGUCCCUGUCAGCCACGAACGAGAAAACAGACUUCAGGCACACAUUCUUCAGAGGAGCAGAGGAACACAUCUCAUGAAGCCUGUUUCUAAUUGAAGAAGGACUUGUGUAAUAUGAGGGAGUGGAUGUUAGAGCGGGGUGGCGCUACUGCUGUUUGAGAGCACCUUAAUUGAUUCCAACCCACCAAAAUACACACACACACACACGCACACACAUUUUCUCUAUGUAAUUAGCUUAAGACACAACUGUAGAUCAGUUAACAUAGCGUCCCCUCGGCCUCAGCGUGGCUCAGGGGCAGACCACAUACCUGGAGCUGUGGAUACAGACAGUGUGAACAGUGACAUCUACGGUUCUAGAUGCAGCACCUCUGCUGCUUUGUAUGUCAUAUUUGUAGUUCUGAUUGGACCUGGGAUCCUCCUGGAGCUGAGCUGGAAAUCUGAAGUCACAGCUGGAAUCCUGGAACUGAUGACGUGUACAGACCAAAACGCUGAAGAGGAGCAGAAGUUUCAAAGAGAGAGAACCCUUUUAUAAAGCUGUAUUGUUAGGAUAAAUAACUGCUUUCUAUACUCACUUUGGCUGUUGUGAUAACCAUUGUUUCCCAAUGUUUUAGGGUAGGCCUGUGCUGUAUUAUAGGAUGGUGACAAAACAGACUUGUUAUUAUGUUUUAUUUAAAAAAUGUCAACUUUGGCACUUUGAUGUCAGCAUUGGAUCUGUCUCUUUGUUUGUAUAUCUGAACUUUUUGACAGGAUGCUCACACUAUGUAAAGGACAUAUUUACUGAAUAUUUAGUCCGUGCUUCAUAAAGUAAACUUUUAUACGGA